AUGGCUUUCAUCAACCGCGAGAACCGCGUCCCUGAGCUGCAGCGCUACUACCAGGCUGCCUACAAGAACCAUGUUCGCCUGUGGCAGAUUAACCCCCGCAGCAAGUACUACCUGACCCCUUACUACAUCAUCCUCUGGGGCACCACCGCUGCCACCUUCUACGCCAUGGGCCGCCGCAUCUUCGGCCACAACACCUGGUUCAGCGACUAA